GAAAUGAUAAAAGUGACCACAUAAGGAAAGUGGCGUAAUAUAAUUAAGUCAUAACUUUGGUUGCCUUUGUCGCUUUUUUAGUGCAGUGCUUGCCUUUCGCUGAUGUGGUUGAGAGAAAUUCACAAUGUUGGGCGUGUCGUUGAUUCUUUUGCUCAUGGCAAAAGAAUUCAACUGCGCGCAUGGAUACCUGUUUGAAUUUAGAAAAUCGAGGACGCUGCAGUUCUGCGUCUCAGAUGAAGCAGUGGCAUUCGCAAAAAAUAAUCUGGAUAAUUAUCAAGAUUUCACAAAAGUGGAUGUGAAGGAUUUAAACGGAGCUGAUAUUCCUCUCGCUAAGUACGAUUGCAAUUUGGUGCUCGAUAGAGGAUGUGAAAAUUGGAAUACAGCACAGUUCAAUAAAUACGAUUGGUCCGAUCGUUUUCCAUUGGUUACUGACUUUCGUUGGAAUGAUUUACCAGUUUACUUAGCGCAGAAAAGAUUUGAGCCUCAAUUUACCAUUCCGAAAGGCCAAAAUUUCACAAAGCAUUUUUCAAUUCUGGCCCACGACUCAGCACAAUUCCUAUUUACGGAUGAUCCAACAUUUGCAAAAGGAUUGAACGUUGUUAUAGAUGGAUGGGGUGUUGGUCACACUUCUGGUUUAAGAUACUGCACGAAAAUACCUCCUGAAUUUUCAGAUAGUUUAUAUCCAACCUGUGGUAAUCCCUAUGCACUUACAACGAACAAUACAAUUCUUAGCCAAGGAGAGAAAUGGGCACACGCCACUCUGAAAAUUUAUCAACAUGGCUCAAAUAGAAAUGAUGCAUUAACCAUAACGGACAAGGUUAUUUACGCUCACCUCGUUCCACACAGCCAAAUGAAGAGAGAUUUGGAUUAUUUCGUCUCUUUCAGGACUAAUACGAAAGGACUCUUCAAAGUCCAUACAUACAACGUCCUCCAUUCUUCGACAAAGCAAAGUUCGAUGGAGUUGCUUUUAAGUGAAGAUUCGUCAGAUUUUUUAUGCAUUGAUGUCAUUUUCCUGAUAAGACCCGUCAAAAUAGAAACACCUGUACUGUCUUUGGAGAUAUUUGAUGAAAUGAGGAAAAUUCAAUUCAAGAAGGAUAUACAAAAAAACAGAACUGAUGAAUGGAUCACCGAGAGAAUAAGUUCAAGAGAUCACAUACUUAAAAGAGGCUGGGCAGUCAAGCUGACUGCUCACAUUAUCGAGAUUGUAAUUGGCGCGGUCAAAUUCUGCAAAGAAGGUUACACGGUGAUAAGACCUAUACAGGCUAUGACGCAUUGCUCUUCAUUAGUGAAUAAAAAUAUUGAUCCGACAGAGGACAAAAUUCAAUUAAUGCAGUUGCUUUCCGAGCUUUCCUCCGGAUGUGGCAAGUUUAAAUACAAUUGUGCUGGAGUGAGAGCGUGUGACCAGAGCAGAAGUUGCUCGUGCUUGGCCGGAUUUCACGGAGACAACUGCUAUAAAGGCUGUUUGGGCAACAAAUACGGUUUUAAUUGCGACCAGACUUCAACGAAAAACUGCACGAGUAACGAGAUAAAUCACAUUGAUGGAAAUUGUUUGGCAGGAUGCGCGGGAGCUUUCAUUUUUCCACUCUGUGAAAAAGAAUGCACUGGGAGGUCAUAUGGGCAAAACUGCUCGAAAAUCUCAGAUCGAUACUGUUUAAAUGAAGCAUUUCAUCUGAAUGACGGAACGUGCAGAGCCGGCUGCAUUAAAGGAUACAAAUACCCAGACUGUUUGGAAGAAAUUCAAACGGCUGAGCCGCAACUAAAAUCUGCAAGAACAAAUGAAAUAAUCUUGGACGUGUCUAAAAGUUUAACCGGCACGAGAAACAUCGGGCGGAUUUUAAUUCAAAUCAAAAAGGAUUCUGAUCAACAAUGGCGAGAUGAGAGUGAAUUGCACAUUUCCCAAGAGAAUGUAGAUUAUAUGAUCGCAAGUUUGCAAGCUAAAACUCUUUACAACAUAAGAUUUGCCCUCUUUGAAAAUGAACCUCAUCACGACGAUCAAAAUUUUUUACCCGGAAAAGCGCUUAAUGUUACAACGAGUUGCAAACAACUUGGAAAGUUAUUAUAAUAAUUUCUCUAUUCA